AUGUCAAACAGCAAAUUGCGGCAGGGAGUUGAGGUGCCACCUUACAUAUCUGCCAUGGGUGGUGCCGUAUCUGGGCUAGUUGCCAGAAUGGUGAUUGCCCCAAUAGAUAUUAUAAAGAUUCGAUUACAGCUUAACGGUGGUCAGGAUAGAUAUAGAGGAAUAAUUCAGACAGUGCGAACAAUCCUGCACAAUGAGGGAAUACGAGCGUUCUGGAAAGGAAAUUUACCAGCAGAAAUCAUGUAUUUGAUAUACGGGGCCACGCAGUUUGCUACGUAUUCGACUUUGAACCAGCUGGUGUCAGACACAGAGAAAACGUUGGAGCUCAAGGUUCCGGGAUCGGUUCAUGCUGUCACCAUUGGAGCGCUUUCCGGCUGUGUUUCAACAGUGAUGUCCUAUCCGUUCGAUGUGCUUCGUACUCGUUUGGCGGCUAAAGAGAACCCCUAUUUCACCUCUUUUCUGGCAGAAGCGAAAGAAAUGUACGCCAAGGACGGAAUUAGGGCCUUUUUCAGGGGAAUACAGCUGUCCAUGGGAUACGUUUCUUUAUCCAUGGGUGUAUCGUUUGGCGUGUAUUCGUUUUACAAAGACCAUAUGGCCAACACUCCGCUGGAACCGGCUGCUGGCCUUGUUGCAGGUACGAUUUCGAAAACUUUUGUGUAUCCUUUGGAUCUAGUUAAAAGAAGGAAGCACAUGGCCCAUGAAGGAAGGUUUGUGGCAACAAUGCGCAAUAUCCUGGCUACAGAGGGUAUUCGAGGAGCAUACCAUGGGCUAACGCCAGCUCUUAUUAAAGCGGCUCCUACCGCUGCGGUCAGUUUUUGGUGCUAUGAAUGGACAGUGGAUUGGUUAAUGCGCGCAAAAGAUAAAUUCACUUGA